AUGGCAACUCGCUACUCUGCUGCCCGGCCAAAGCGCGAAGGUGAAAUAUAUGCCCGUACAAUUCAUGGCGAGUCUUCAUCACAAAUUAAAAAACCGAAGUUUGAUGUACGAAAUCCUUCUGCACUUGCGCCGGACGCACGCGAAGCAGAUUUUAUUCUCCAGGCCGAUGUUAUCAGAGACAAAGGAACCGGGACUAAAAGAGGUGCCGUAAACAUCGAUGGGUAUGAUUCAGACUCGGAAAAUGAUGGCUUCGAUGCUAGAGCUGAAGAAAGGGCCAAAGCAAAAGGGAAAAAUUAUGGAGAAAGGGUAAGCCUUGCAGAAGCUUUUGAGAACAACAAUUGUGAGAGAGGUCAAGAAGGAAAUAGCAAUAAUAACGAUGAUGAGGAUGAAGAUAUGUUUGCAGAACUUGAAAGUGCACAAGAAGACGCAAGGCUUGAUGGAGGUGAUGAUACAAAACGGAAAGCGAAAGAAGUUCGUUUUCUAGAUGAAGAUGAAAUUGUCGGUCAGAUCUCAAGUAGCAAAUCAGGCGGGCAUAUAUCAAAAAAUUUCACGCUAGAUCCUUCCGAAGAAACGUCGACAUUCGCGACAGAAGACCGUGUUAGUAGUGAUGAUGAAGAGGAGGCUCUACUGAAUGCCAUGGAAGAAGACGUGGAUGAGGAAGUUGGUGCUGGUGGACUGAAGAGAAAUGCGCCUAAAGUAGACGCUUUCAACAUGAAAAGUGAACAAGAAGAAGGUCGUUUUGAUGAAGCUGGAAAUUAUGUGCGCAAAGCGGCCGAUCCGGAUGCAAAACAUGAUGUAUGGUUAGAAGGCGUCAGCAAAAAAGAAAUGAGAAAGGCGGCAGAGGCUCAUGAAAAGAGAGAGUCUGAAUUACGAAAAAAAAGUCUUGAGGAUGACGCCGUAAUGCUAUCUGAUAUUCUUCGUACACUCAUAAUGCGACUUGAAAAAGGAGAGACAGUAUUAGAGGCACUAGCAAGACUAGGUAAAAGCCAAAACAAAAUUAAGAAAGUCCCCAGGUGGAAGAUGAACAAAAAAACGAGGCUUAAUGGUAAUGAAGGUAUGAUAAUAGAUAACCAUGAUCAAAACAAAGAUCCUGUUCAGUCUAAGAUUCGAGAGGAUGUGGUAACAAUUACCGAAGCUGCUGAUCAACUUCUUACUCGUGGGCAGACUGACAUCUACGAGCAAGAGCGAGAAAUAUUAAUACGCCAGUACACCAGGGAAACAGGAGAAGAUUGGAAAGAGCCAAACACGGUGACUGAGCAAAGUCCUGAAGAUAUGAAGCCAAAUAAAAUGUGGGAGUAUAGAUGGACAGAUGGAAGAGAUGAUUUUGCCAAGCAAGGACCAUUUGACGGCACUACAAUGUUGGCUUGGAAAGAGGCUGGCUACUUCAACGAGAAUGUAGAGUUCAGAAGGCAAGAUGAUACUGGGCCCUGGAAUCGGAUUAUCAAUUUCGAAUAG